AUGGCCUCAAACGAUCCACCCAAACUCAACAAUGAGGACUUUACCCUUCAAAACGUCUUCAACGUCAGAGGCAAGAUCGCCCUUGUCACUGGCGGUGGCUCCGGCAUUGGUUUAAUGGUCACUCAAGCCCUAGCUGUCAAUGGUGCGAAAGUCUAUAUUGUCGGCCGGACCGAAGAGAAACUCGAGCGCGUUGCAGAGAUAUAUGGAAAGAAUAUUUCGGGGCAGAUCAUCCCUUUCAACGCCGAUGUAUCGAAAAAGGAGGCUAUUGCGGCCAUGGCAAAGGAGCUGGCUUCCCGUGAGAAGCGCCUUGACAUUCUAGUGAAUAAUGCUGGAAUCGAUGGAGCAACUUUCCAGACCGAAGCAACCUCUGCCGAGGAGAUGAAGAAGAAUCUUUUUGACCACGAUUCUGCCACUGUCGAUGACUGGAUGUCCGUCUAUCAGACCAACGUCCCGCCGCUCUAUUUCACCACGUUUGCCCUUCUUCCUCUACUCCAAAACGCCUCGCAGAUGGAGCACGGCUACUCCGCCACAGUCGUCAACAUCACCAGUAUCUCCGGAAUCGUCAAGACGGCACAGCACCACUUCUCUUACAACGCAUCCAAGGCCGCUGCCGUCCACCUGACCCGCAUGAUCGCCAAUGAGGUCGCUAGGAACGGCCUAAAGAUCCGGGUCAAUGCCAUUGCACCUGGUGUGUUUCCAAGCGAGAUGACAGCGGGCAGCAGCGGGGAGAACCAGAAGAGCGCAAUACCGAAGGAGAAGUAUGAAUCGAAAGUACCCGCCGCCCGGCCGGGGAACGACCGAGACAUGGCCGGUGCGGUUCUGUUCGCUGCGUGCAAUCAGUAUCUGAAUGGGCAGAACAUCGUCGUGGAUGGUGGCUAUACCCUUGCUUCUGGGCUGUAA